AUGUCCACAGAGCUGUUUGUCCGUGGGAUGCUCUACUUGUCCCUCACUGUCGUAGGAGUCCCAGGGAACAUCGCUGUCAUCCUCGCAUUCCUGCUUUUGCUCUACCAAGAGAACCGGCUCCUCCCAGCUGAUGUCAUCGUCCUGCACCUGGCCUGCGUGAACCUGCUGGUGGUGGGCGUGCGCUGCUUGUUGGAGACCCUGGAGUCCUUUUACCUCACCAGAGUCUUUGGAGACAUUGGCUGUAAAGCUAUCAUAUUUGUCUACCGGACCUCCCGUUCCCUGUCCAUUUGGCUCACCUUCGUCCUGAGUGCCUACCAGUGCUUGAGCAUCGCCCCUCCUGGCUCACGCUGGGCCUCUGCCCGAGCCUUGGUGGCCCAAAAUCUGUGGGUCGUCUUCUUCUUCUUGUGGCUUGUUAACACCUGCAUGAGCUCUGCAGCCAUUCUCUUCUCUUUUGGUACAAAGAAUGACUCCAGUCUUGUAAACCACGGCAUUAAUGUUCAGUUCUGCUACGUUUUUUUUCCUUCGAAGCUGUCCAAACAGGCCAAUGGGGCAGGUCAGGUGGGCAGAGACGUAGUGCCUAUGACCCUCAUGACCCUGGCCAGUCUGAUCAUCCUAGUCUUCUUGUAUAAACAUAGCCGGCAGGUGAAGGGGCUUCGCAGCAGCAGCAGCAGUGGCGGUGGUGGGGGUGGCGGGGGCAGCAGUGGAGCUGAACAACGUGCCGCUAAAGCCGUUGUAGCACUUGUGACCUUGUAUGUGGUCAUGUAUGGGGUAGAUAAUGGGCUCUGGGUGUACACUCUCACUGUGAAGAAGACCCUGAAGUCCUCACUGAUGUCUGACCUGCGCAUAUUCUUCUCCUCGCUCUACGCAGCUCUGAGCCCCCUGGUCAUCAUUGCAUCCAACAGGAAGGUGAACGGUCGACUGAGGUGUGUGGCGCUGGAGAAGCCUGUUCAGGAGAAAGCAACAAGUCUUUCUACGAUGUGA